AUGUUACUACCUGUGUCUCGAGUAGUAACACGCGUUGCCGCUUGUCGAGGAGGCUCUUUGUUUCGCAGUUUUGCUUCGGCGUCUUCCUCAGAUUCUGUCAAGCACACACUUCCUAAUACUUCUUAUAAAGCUUAUGAAUGCGAUCCACCUCCACUCGAAAUUGAAGUAAAAAAAGAUGAUGCGCUUCAAUUAUAUAAAGAUAUGGUUUUAAUGCGCAGAAUGGAAACUACUGCUGACAAUUUAUACAAGAUGAAAUUGAUUAGAGGUUUUUGUCACUUGUGUACUGGUCAAGAAGCAAUUCCAGUGGGUAUGGAGCAUGCUAUUACGCGUGAUGAUGCGAUCAUAACUGCUUACCGUUGUCAUGGUUAUACUCUGAUGCGCGGCGCAACAGUUCAUCAAAUUCUUUCUGAACUUAUGGGUCGUUCUACUGGUAUUACCUAUGGAAAAGGUGGAUCUAUGCACAUGUUUGCAAAAGGUUUUUAUGGCGGUAAUGUUGGAACUGGCAUAGCUUUUACUCAAAAAUAUUUAGGUGUAAAAAAUGCCACAUUCAUUAUAUAUGGUGAUGGUGCAGCCAAUCAAGGUCAAGUGUUUGAAGCUUUUAAUAUGGCAAAAUUAUGGGAUUUGCCUGCCAUAUUUGUUUGUGAGAAUAAUUUAUAUGGUAUGGGAACUUCUGCUGCAAGGAGUUCUGCAAAUUCGCAAUAUUAUACUCGAGGUCAAUAUAUUCCAGGUCUUCAGGUAAAUGGUAUGGAUGUAUUAGCAGUAAAGCAAGCAUGCGCGUGGGCAAAAGAUUGGACUGUAAACGGUAAAGGGCCAAUGGUAUUGGAAUUUGUAACGUAUCGAUAUGGAGGUCAUUCUAUGUCAGAUCCUGGUACAACUUAUCGUACACGUGAAGAAAUUCAACACAUGAGAAGUACGAAUGAUCCUAUUACUGGUUUGAGAUUAAAAAUUUUAGAGUGGGAGUUUGCGGAUGAAACCUAUCUAAAGCAAUAUGAAAAAGAGGCUCGUGCAAUCGUAGAUGAGGCAGCUGAAAAAGCAAAGAAUGAUCCACUUCCUAAGGAUUCUGAGCUCUGGACUGAUGUAUACGUCAGAGGCUCAGAACCUGAUUCCAUCAGAGGGAGAGAAUGUGAGGAGAUCGGCGUUAUGCGAUCCUGA